ACAGUUGAGUCAACAACAUCAAUAACAUCUAUUCAAGCAAUAGAAACAGUUGAGUCAACAAUAGCUGAGUCAACAACAUCAAUAACAUCUGAACCUGCAACAUCAAAAACUGAGUCAACAACAUCAAUAACAUCUAAACCAGCAACAUCAAUAAUUGAGUCAACAUCAAUAACAUCUGUACCAGCAACAUCAACAAUUGAGCCAACACCAUUAAUUACAUCUGAACCUGCAACACCUGAGUCAACAACAUCAAUAACAUCUAUUCAAGCAAUAGAAACAGUUGAGUCAACAAUAGCUGAGUCAACAACAUCAAUAACAUCUGAACCAGCAACAUCAACAACUGAGACAUCAAUAAUAACAUCUGAACCAGCAACAGCUGAGUCAACAUCAAUAACAUCAGAACCAGCAUCAACAACUGAGAUAUCAGUAACAUCUGAACCAGCAACAGCUGAGUCAACAACAUCGAUAACAUCUGAACCAGCAACAUCAACAACUGAGACAUCAAUAACAUCUGAACCCUCAACAUCAAUAAUUGAGGUAACAUCAAUAACAUCUGAACCAGCAACAUCAAUAAUUGAGGUAACAUCAAUAACAUCUGAACCAGCAACAUCAACAACUGAGACAUCAAUAACAUCUGAACCCUCAACAUCAAUAAUUGAGGUAACAUCAAUAACAUCUGAACCAGCAACAUCAACAACUAAGACAUCAAUAACAUCUGAACCUGCAACAUCCAUAAUCAAGAUAACAUCUGAACCAGCAACAUCAACAACUGGGACAUCAAUAACAUCUGAACCAGCAACACCAUCAACUGAGACAUCAAUAACAUCUGAACCAGCAACAUCAAUAAUUGAGUCCACAACAUCAAUAACAUAUGUACCAGCAAUAUCAACAAUUAAGUCAACAUCAUUAACUUCUGUACCAUUGAUAUCAACAACUGAGUCACAAUUGAUAACAUCUGAAUCAGCAAUUUCAACAAUUGAGUCAACAACAUCUGUACCAGAUACAUCAACAACUGAGUCAACAUCAAUAACAUCUGAACCAGCAACAUCAACAAUUGAGUCAAUAUCAAUAACAUCUGUACCAGCUACAUCAACAACUGAGUCAACAUCAAUAACAUCUGUACAAGCAAUAUUAACAAUUGAGUCAACAACAUCUAUACCAACGAUAUCAGUGACUGAAUCUACAACAUCAACUAUUGAGCUGAUAACUUCAUCGGCCUAUGAUUCUACAGCAUCAAUUGUAUUAACAACAGGCAAGCCAACAUCAACAAUAACUGCAUCUACAACUGAGACAUCAUCUUCUUCUCCAAAAACACCAGAGAUCUCAACUCAAUCUGUUACUCUAAUAGAAACUAAAACCCCAAAAUCAUCCAUUACUCCAACAACAGCUACCAAAACUCAAUCUAGUCCUCUAAAGACAACUGAGACAACAGUAUCAUCCACUAAUCCAAAAUCAGACACCACAGCUCAAUCUUUUGCUUCAACGGUAACUGAGACAUCAUCUACAUCUCCAAAUAUGACAGAGACCUUAACUCAAUCUGAUACUCUAACAACAACUAGAAUGACAACAUCCUCCACCACUCCAACAACAUCUACCACAACUCAGUAUAGUCCACCGAAGACGGCUAAGGCAAUUUCAUCAUCCACUAACCCAUCGACAGCUACCACAACACAAUCUAGUCCUCCAAAGACAACUGAGACAACAGCAUUAUCCACUAAUCCAACAACAGCCACCAUAAUUCAGUCUAGUCCUCCAACAGUAACUGAGACAUCAUCUACUUCUCCAAAAACAAUGGAGACCUUAACUCAGUCUGAUACUCUAACAGCAACUAGAACCACAACAUCAUCCACCACUCCAACAACUUCUACCACAACUCAGUAUAGUCCACCAAAGACAACUGAGGCAACAACAUCAUCCACUAAUCCAACAACAGCUACCACAACACAAUCUAGUCCACCAAAGACAACUGAGACAACAACCUCGUCUACUAAUCCAACAACAUCUACCACAAUUCAAUCUAGUCCUCCAAAGACAACUAAAACAACCGCAUCAUCCACGAAUCCAACAACAGCUACCACAACUGAAACUAGUCCUCAAAAGGCAACUGAGACUUUAUCUACUUCUCCAAAAACAACAGAGUCCUUAAUUCAGUCUGCUUCUCUAAUGGCAAUUAGAACCACAACAUCAUAUUCUACUCCAACAACAUCUACCACAAAUCAAUAUAGUCCACCAAAGACAACUAUGGCAACAUCAUCAUCCACUAAUCCAACAACUACCACAACACAAUCUAGUCCUCCAAAGACAACUGAGACAACAGCAACAUCCACUAAUCCAACAACGGCCACCAUAAUACAGUCUAGUCCGCCAACGGUAACUGACACAUCAUCUUCUUCUACAAAAACAACAGAGACCUUAACUCAGUCUGAUACUCGAACAGCAACUAGAACUACAACAUCAUCCACCACUCCAACAACUUCUACCACAACUCAAUAUAGUCUAGCAAAGACAACUGAGGCAACAACAUCAUUCACUAAUCCAACAACAGCUACUACAACUCAAUCUAGUCCAAAGACAACUGAGACAACAGCAUCAUCCACUAAUCCAACAUCUACCACAACUCAAUCUAGUCCUCCAAAGAUACCUAAGACAACCGCAUCAUCCACUAAUCCAACAACAGCUAUAACUCAAACUAUUCCUCAAAAGGCAACUGAGACUUUAUCUACUUCUCCAAAAACAAUGGAGACCUUAACUCACUCUGCUACUCUAAUGGCAAUUAGAACCACGACAUCAUCUACGACUCCAACAGCAUUUACCACAACUCAAUCUAGUCCGCCAAAGACAAUUGCUAAAACAGUAUCAUCCACUAUUCCAACAACAUCUACCACGACUCAGUCUAGUCCUCCAAAGACAACUGAGACAACAGCAUCAUCCACUAAUCCAACAACAGCUACCACAAAUCAAUAUAGUCCACCAAAGACAACUAUGGCAACAUCAUCAUCCACUAAUCCAACAACUACCACAACACAAUCUAGUCCUCCAAAGACAACUGAGACAACAGCAACAUCCACUAAUCCAACAACGGCCACCAUAAUUCAGUCUAGUCCACCAACGGUAACUGACACAUCAUCUUCUUCUACAAAAACAACAGAGACCUUAACUCAGUCUGAUACUCGAACAGCAACUAGAACUACAACAUCAUCCACCACUCUAACAACUUCUACCACAACUCAAUAUAGUCUAGCAAACACAACUGAGGCAACAUUCACUAAUCCAACAACAGCUACCACAACUCAAUCUAGUCCAAAGACAACUGAGACAACAGCAUCAUCCACUAAUCCAACAUCUACCACAACUCAAUCUAGUCCUCCAAAGAUACCUAAGACAACCGCAUCAUCCACUAAUCCAACUACAGCUAUAACUCAAACUAGUCCUCAAAAGGCAACUGAGACUUUAUCUACUUCUCCAAAAACAAUGGAGACCUUAACUCACUCUGCUACUCUAAUGGCAAUUAGAACCACGAUAACAUCUACGACUCCAACAGCAUUUACCACAACUCAAUCUAGUCCGCCAAAGACAAUUGCUAAAACAGUAUCAUCCACUAUUCCAACAACAUCUACCACGACUCAGUCUAGUCCUCCAAAGACAACUGAGACAACAGCAUCAUCCACUAAUCCAACAACAGCUACCACAACUGCAUUUAGUCCUUCAAAGAAAACUGAGACAACAGUAUCAUCCACUAAUCCAACAACAGCUACCACAACUCAGUCUAGUCCUCCAAAGACAACUGAGACUUCAUCUACUCCUUCAAAGACAACUGGGACCAAAACAUCAUCUACUACUCUAACAAGACCAAUAACAACUCAGACCACAUCAUCAUCUACUUCUCCUUUACCAACUAGGACCACAACUCAAGCUACAACUAAAAUAAUAACAAAUGGGCCCACAACAUCUACUACAUCACCAACAACGACUAAGCCAACAUUAUCUACUUCGGCCAAUGCAGCUACAGUAACAAACAGAACAUUCAGUACUUUAAUAUAUAGUCGUACUGGUGGCACCAGUAGCACACGUUACUCCACAGAUCCUGUUUGGAAUACAACAAGUACUAUUGCUAUGAAACUCCAAAUACAAAGCACACUUCCUGUAGAUACGAGCAUACUGAGUUUAUUCAUACAGCAGACAUGUUCACUGCUCUACGCGGAGUUCCACAGAGGAGAUUUCAGGCUGACUUAUGGAAACAUGACGUCUGCGCUAUGUACGUCAGUUCUUGGGAUCAGAUCGUAGUCCAGACUCUUCAGUUGAUUUCUGGUCCAGCAUGUUAUACAUCAAUACAACAUCCUGCAACCCCUGAAAUGUGAUUGUCACCAACGUCCAACGGAACCAUCCUAUAAUCAUCCAUCUACAGAGUAUGAAUACUUUCCUGGCUGAAGUUAUUAUAUGUUACCAGCCGUGUACUUGAAUACUCUUUAGCAACUAUAAAAUGCAUGGAGAUUACUGGAGCCAGAUCAUCAUGUUAACUAAUCUGACACACUAUUUAACAAUUGCACGGUUUAUUUUACCACCCAUGUGGCGGGAUGUACAGAAAUUAAGGCAAAAGUCAGGAAAUGCAGUUUGCAGAGUUUUUGGCCGCAUUCCCAUAUGUAUCAAGCUCCGAUACAUUCCUGGAGCUUGGACCGUAACCCAGUGGAAACCUGGGGCCUUCUUUUUUCGCUGUUACGUGAGCUCGCUCCGGGUGCUAUUGCUUCACGCUACGCCUCUGGGUACAGUAUGUACCUGAUAAGUGGCGGGAUGUAUCUCACCAUGGAUGCAAUGCAUAGUACAUCCCGCAUGUAGAAUGACCUUUAAAACUUUUCGGACUUCAAUUAUGAAUUAUGGAAUUUAUACAGAACAUUUAAUGUCCACGAGCUUGGAUUAUCAACAAUAAAACAUUUAUUUAUAUCGCUUUUGGACUGGACACUGGUUUGGUUGGACUGGAUACCGGUCUGUGAUGUCACUUCCUGUGGUACGAAUGCCAUCAUUACACAAUGACUUCAUCAGCAUUCUAAGACGUUCGGUUAUAAGCUUCAUACUGGCAUGUGUAGCAGGUGGGCAUCUCUUCCAGGAGUAAUGGGAUAAAAUGUUGGCUGAAGACAUUUGUAGAUACAUCAGUAGUUGCCCUCUGCCUAAUGACAUUUCAUAUAGUCAGCAAAAGCAACAGUGCCACCUGACACAGCAAUGAAAACUGAUCCAAUUUGGUUUUCAUGCAGAAAAGAUUGGGAAGAGAGAAUCUUUGAACCAGGGGUUUCCUUUUCUUGACUUUUUGGGGCGUAUUCAAUUGUUGGAAAAGUCAGUUGAGUGUUUUUUUCCUAUAUAAUAGACAGGAAAGAACAGACACCCAACCGACUUUCCAAACAAUUGAAUUCCCCCCUUUAUGUCUUGAUUUUAGACUAAGGGAAGAAUAGGACUGGUCCCAUUUCCUGACAGCGUUACUCACAAUGCAUUUUGUAACAAAUGACGUUUAUUUUAUUUUUCAUGGUUUCAUUAACGGUAAAAAGAAACAGAAAUCAGACUUUGGCCAAAAUGUCCGCUCCCUCUGUCCACUAUUGUGUAUUAU